GAUGCAGCCGCUCGAGCCGGUGAGACUCGCCGGAGCUACACACACGCGAUCACACACACACACACACACACGGAUACUCGACAGGGCCGAUCCGAUUAUUCCGAUCGCCGUCAGUAGCUAUAUACUGAUGUAGAAUAGCAGGUGGUAUACUUACGAGAGAAGUUAUUACAUAGUAUACCUGCAUAUUGCAAAAGCGAGAGAGGGCCGAGAGAGGAGCUAUAGAGUAUAGUAUUUCGGAGGCUCCAUUAACGCAAGCGCGAGGCGCUGCCUGUGCUCUCUUCUCCGCACUUUCCUUCGGCGACGAGUCGAGGCAGAACCGCCAGGACGACUUGGCCCAGGAAGCAGCUGCUGCAGCCGGGCAAGCUUCUAACCUCGGGCUUCCCCGGCGGCAUCAACGCCAACAAGACGAAGAAGAAGAAGAAGAACAUCAGCCGAAAGCCGAACUGCUUCUGGUACGUCAGGAGAUUAGCCGUGGGAGUGAUAAAUGCAUUUAACCGAGACCGAGAAGAAUCGAAUAAACAACGCAAGAUGAGGAACAUCGUAAAGGUCGUCAAUGUCAUUCACAGGCUCAUUGAAUUCGUGGCGAGAGGAAUCUUUCUUCUCGUCGCGUAUCUCAGUGGACCUGCCGAAGCGCAGCCGCCGAUCAAAGAUCUUACCCUCAUGCACAGUGCGACGGCAUUGGCUAUUAAAAUAAGGAACCGUCAAUUAACGUCGGAGGAGGUAGUCAGAUCCUACAUCGCGAGAAUCAAAGAGAUCCAGCCGAUUUUGAACUGCGUCGCGGAGACCAGAUUCGAGGACGCCCUGAAAGAAGCUAAGCAGUGUGACGAACUUCUGAAAUCCCCAAAUGGACCGUCCGCCGAGGUUUUGGCCAAAGAAAAACCUUUCCUUGGCGUUCCUUUUACGACGAAGGAUUGUAUCGCCAUAGAAAAGAUGAAGCACACCGCCGGUCUCGUAGCUCGUAAAAAUUGUUUAGCCGACAAAGACGCCGAGAGCGUACAUUUAAUGAGAUUAGCCGGAGCUAUUCCAAUUGCCACUACGAAUGUCUCUGAGCUUGCGAUGUGGUGGGAGAGUAUAAACUGCAUUUAUGGGACUAGCAGAAAUCCCUACAACACUAGGCACAUAGUAGGUGGCUCUUCCGGUGGAGAAGGAUGUUUAUUAGGAGCAGCUGGUUCGCCUUGUGGGAUUGGAUCAGAUAUUGGCGGAUCGAUUCGUAUGCCAAGCUUUUUCAACGGAAUUUUCGGUCACAAGCCGUCGAAAGGCGUCGUGUCAAACCAUGGACAAUACCCGAGCGCUGAUACCGCGGACCAGGAUAAACUGCUUGGAAUCGGUCCAAUGUGUCGAUUUGCUCAAGACAUGGCGCCUAUACUGCAAGUCAUUGCCGGCAAGAAUGCUGAUAUGCUGAAAUUGCAAUCAAAAGUAGAUAUGUCCAAGCUCAAGAUUUACUACAUGGAGGAUGAUGGAGGCCAAAUGUUCGUAUCGUCGGUGGAUCCAGAAAUCAGAGAUUCGAUGAGACAAGUAUUGAAUUACUUCGAAAAAGCGUACGGCGUCAAAGCGAAAAAAGUCAAUAUUCGCAAAUUUAAAAAAAGUUUGGCGCUCUGGUUCGCUUGCAUGUCGACGGAGCCUGAUAAAGACUUCUCUUACGAACUAACUAACCGCACUGGCCGGAUCAACAUAUUUGCGGAGUAUUUCAAGUGGAUUACUUGUCAAAGCGAUCACACCUUUGUUGCUCUCAUAACCGCCACCUUCGAAAGGUUGAACGUCAGUCAUGGCAGCGAAUUUCAGGCUAAACUUAAGGAACAAUGCAAAGAGUUACAACAAGAAUUUAAGGAUAUGCUGGGAGACGAUGGAAUCUUCUUGUAUCCAACACAUCCUACAGCUGCCCCGCUACACCAUGAACCAAUCGUAAAACCUUUCAAUUUCUCGUACACAGCCAUUAUCAACGUACUCGGCUUACCGGCUACCGCCUGUCCGCUUGGAUUAAACAAGCAAGGGCUUCCCAUAGGAUUACAAGUCGUUGGCGGGCUUUAUCAAGAUCACAUAACGUUAGCCGUAGCUGAGGAGCUUCAGCGAGGAUUUGGGGGCUGGGUUCCACCGGCGAUAAUCGAAUGACGUAAAUGCAAAAAAGACUAAAUAUAAACUGAGAAAAUAGCCGCCGAACAAUGCCUUAGUCUCGUUUUGGAUGAGACCACAAAUGUUUUUUUUUUAAUUCUUUGCGUGUUGUAAAAGGCGUUUUUUUAAAUAUACAAGACAGUUUUUAUUUAACGUUGAACGCGAAACAAACGAGAUUUAGUAUUUCGAUUUUUUUACUCGGUUAGAAUUUCUAUUUCCGUACUGGAUAAAAUGCGAAGGUUGCUGUUUAAACUUUUUUAGACUUUCAGAGUCGCGAGUUAAACUUUUAGAGAUGUGAUAGCACAAUCAAUACGCGUCCUAGUUGUUUUUUAUCUCGAGGAAAGUAUUUUAUAUGCGAAUUAUAUCAAUAAAAGAUAUUAUUUUUAUCUGUUUUCGAUAA